AUCGAUCUCACCAUCAUCAUCACCGCCACUGUGAUUGCUUUUCCUCAGCUGCCCCUUCCAAGUGUCCUCUCCUUACCCACGACUCUUCUCCUUUUUCCUCUUCUCCAUUAUCUUCCUGAUUUCUCUGGCUUAAAGCCUAUCUUUUCUGAUCUCUCCGCUGCUUCCUUCUCUCUUGCUUUCUUCUCCGUCUCUCUGGUCCGGUUUGGAUCUGUCAGCGAGAUCUGCUUUAAUCCCAACUUCAAUCUGAAGGUAGUGAUGAUGGAGAGAGGACAACAUGAUGGAUAUCCGUAA